CUCUGCCGUGGGAAUGCCCCCCAGCGCCCAUUCCACCCCGCAGCUGUGUCCAACGCGCUGUGUGCUCUGCCCGCAGACCCUGGGCCACCUGGAGAAGGCGGUGGUGCUGGAGCUGACCCUGAAGCACGUGAAGGCUCUGACCGCGCUCAUCGAGCAGCAGCAGCAGAAGAUCCUGGCGCUGCAGAGCGGGCUGCAGGCGGGUGACCUGUCAGCGAGGAGCCUCGACUCCAGCCAAGAGAUGUUCCGCUCCGGCUUCCAGCUGUGCGCCAAGGAGCUGCUGCAGUACGUGGCCAAGCACGACAACAAGGAGCUGAAGGCAGCACAGCUGGUGGGGCACCUGCACCGCGUGGCGGCCGAGCUGCUGCCGGGCGGCCCCAAGGACAUGAAGGAGAAGGCGGUGCCGGGGGGCAAAGCAGGCGAGGGGCGCGGGCAGAACUGUGUGCCCGUCAUCCAAAGGACAUUCGCUGCUUCCAGCGGGGAGCAGAGCGGCAGCGACACAGACACGGACAGCGGCUACGGGGAGCUGGAGAAAAGCGACUCCAAACCGGAGCAGCCCUAUUUCCCAAAGGAUACCGAACUGAAAUACGCCGUCCAGGAGAGGAUCAGCUCCAUCAAGCAGGAGAGCGAGGACCCUCCAGCCAAGAGGAGCAGGCUGGAGGUGCCCGAUGACGACAGCCCCUUUGGCGGCGAGGUGAUGGGCACAGCGGGCGGCUUCCUGCCCCCCCACGCCCACCAGCCCCCCUUGUGCCUGCCCUUCUACCUGAUCCCACCAUCCGCCACAGCCUACCUGCCCAUGCUGGAGAAGUGCUGGUACCCGGCCUCCGUCCCUGUGCUGUACCCCGGGCUGCCCACGCCUGCUGCGGCCGCGCUCACCGGCUUUGUGGGCCCCGACAAGCUGUCCCCCCCCCUGCUGCUGCCCCAGAGACUGCCCUCCCCGGGGCCUGCCCGCUCCCCCAUCGACUCCUCAGCCCUGCUGCAGGCGCUGAAGCAUCCCCCGUUGAACUUGGAAACCAAAGACUAAGAGCGACGUGGGUUUUGUUUUUUUUGUCUUUUUUUUUUUUCCAGUUUGAGACCGUUUCACUUUUAUGCAUUGGCUGGAGGGAGGUGUGGGCCAUGGCUCGCAGCGUGCAGGGAGCCACGUCCCUGUCCUCUGUGCCAGGGAGCGUGCAGGAGGAUGAAGGAGGCACCCGGCUUGGCCGUGCAGAGCUGCUUCCAAAAGGACAAGAAAAGAGCUCGAUGCUUUCCGCCCCACUCUCUGCACCCACAGAACGGGUUGGCUCAGUCAGCUGCCGUAUGUCAAAGCUGUGAAAAAGUGCCCCGAGAGGCAGAUGUGGGUCUGUAGGGCUCGGAUGUCCCCAGUGGAAGGUAUGGAUGGCCCUGCUGCAGGGUACGGAUGCCCUCUGUGGUACGUCGGGGGCUCUGAGCUGUAGGGUCUGGGUGAUCCUGGUGGUACUUUGGGGGUUCUGAGCUGUAAGGUAUGGAGGUCCCCAAUGGAGGAUCUGGAUGUUCCCAGUGGAGGGUCUGGGUUUCCCCAUGGUGCCUUGGGCUGUAGGGUCUGGCUGUCCCUGAUGGUACUUCGGGGGCUCAGCGCUCCCAGCCUGGCCGUGCAUGGUCAGUGGUUCAGGCAGACUAGGAUUUCUCUCCACACCUUUGCUGAUAAAUAUUUUAAUAAAUAAAUAAAAGGUAGAUGCUGCUUGGAGGCUUUACGUGGAGUGCACCUAAUGAAUAACAAACCUGUGCCCCAUCCUGUAAUGAGCUGCUGGUGGGGGCUGAGCCCGGUCCUGCCAGGUGAGCAUGGCCCAGCUGUGCUUAACCCAGGUGAGGGUUUGGGCACAUCCCAUAGAUCCCAGCACUGUGGGGCCGUUUGCUGCAGGUAAAGCCAUGACACCGUGCCCAGUUUGGCUUCUCUUUUUUCCUUUUUUAAACAAACUUUUCCCUGUUUUGUUUUGUUUUUUUUUCUCUCACUGGUUUUGAGGACCGGUGUCCAGCACAACUCCGGUAUGGAUUCCCAUUUCACCUUCCUGUUGCCCCAGCUGUUGAGAUGCACUAUGCUUGAUUGCAGAUCGUGUUCUGACCUUUAUUUCAUUGUUUUUUUUUGUUUUUGUUUUUUGUUUUUUUUGUUUUUUGGUAUACAGUUGCCUUUAUUUGUAAAAUCCUGUUAUAAAUAUAUAUAUUAUAUAAAUAUAUUAAAAGGUAAAGCGUUUCAGAUGUCUAUUAUUUGUAUAACUACUUGAGCAUCAAAGAAGUGUGAAAUAUGAAUGUAUCUUUGUUCCUGAGUUGUCUUUUUUUUUUUUUUUUUUGAAGAGAAGAGCUUUGUUUUAUUCUCUAGGGAGAGGUACAGUGUUUAUAUUUUGGAGCCUUCUUCAAGGUGGGAUAUUGUACAUAUUUUUAUCUUGAGUAAAUGUUAAGUAGUUGUUUAAAAAUACUUAAUAAAAUAAUUCUUUUCCUGUGGAAGAUGGGGGUCAGCUUCUGUGCUUUCCAACAUCUGAUUUGGGUCCCUUUGCAGGGCCUGGGCUGGGGCAGGAGCAGGAACGAGCAUGGGGAUGGGGCUAUUUCCCAUGUGCCGGGGUGGUGCUCACUGAUUUUGGGGAUGCUCACUGACUGCUUGAUUGCUGGGGAUGCUCACUGAUUGAUUUCAGGGAUAUUCACUGAUCUCUUUCCCAUCUGCACGUCUGGGCAUCGCUCCUCUCACCACAUCCACCUCCAGGUGAACCUGCUCAAGCUGAGGUUUCUCCCCAUUCCUUGGAUCCCAUCUGCUGCUGAGGACCAGCGGGCGCUGCAUGCCGGGAUGCCCCUCUCUGCUCAGCACACCCCCUCGGCUCCAGGGCUGGGAUGCUGCUUCCCAAGGACCCAGGCAGUACAUGAAGGUCCUGCUGGCUGUUGGAGGGUUUUACAGCGUGGAAGAGUUGCCAGAUGUGGUGACAGCGAAGCGCUGUGUGGGAUGGGGCUGCUACAGCCCUGGGAGCCACUGUGGAAUGCACACGUGCCCACGCUGCACGGCAGUGAGCAGCGCAGGGCUGCCCAUGUGCGUGGACUCAGGUGUUCCGUGCAUCCCGGUGCUGGUGUUUGGUUUAAUGAGCACUAAAUAUUGAUCUCGCUGAAGGCAACCCCACGUAGCCCCCUUUGGGGACGGCACACAGCGCUCAGCACAGUCACAUUUCAGCUCCUCAAUAGUCGCUGCGGCUGUGCCUCAUCCCUAUGGUGCUCAGCCCACUUCAGCCCCAUCUCCAUCCCCAUCGCUUACUGGUGGGCACCUGCUGGGGGAACGGGCAGGAGGGCACAUGGGGUCCCUUCAGUGCCACCGCUGUGUGCUGUGGGAUGGAACAGGGGUGUGUGAUGGAGGGCAGGGACACGGAGUGACGUGGCUGCAGGGGGAUGGGGACAGGGGAAUAUGGGGACGGUGGGGACGUGGGGUGACCCCAGCCCCUCCACAGCACCCCUGCCCUGCCGGGCGCGUCGUGUUCCCUGCCUUGUUUUCAUGGUCUCACCCAGCUCUGACCUGCCUCAAAUGUUGACACAAUGUCACGUUUCCGACUGCAGCCUUUCAUGUGCAGCCGGAGGCUAAAUGCGGCGGCUGGUUCCUGGAAAAAGACGUGCCUGGCACCCUUUCAGCAGCAACCCGAUCUCCAUGCAGGCUUGGCACGGCAGCUGAAUAACAUGGCAAUAACUCUUUCAGCAGCGUUUCAACCCAUAAAUAGGGCUUCCCGAGCACCCCCCCCUGAAGGAAGGCAAGGAGGGAGACACAAGGAUUAUUUGUCCAAAAAAUAAAAAUAAAAAUAAAAAAACUUGAAGGAAAAUAAACCAGAGCACAAGAAAAGCGAACAGAAGGAAGCAGCCCCAUCGGAAACAGAUCAAAGGGAGGCUGGGCAGUGCUGCACAGGGUCCGGGGAGCAGGAGAGCGAUUGCCUCAAAGGGAAAGCACCGUGUGAGGACUUCUGCCACCUGGGCUCCGCUCCGUGCCAUCCCCAUGCAGGACUCCAUUUUGGUGACUUUUCAGGAACGGGCAUCCCAGGGGCUCCCAGCUCCCCAAACUGCAGUGGGCACAGAGGGGGAGCAGUGCCCUCCCGUGCUGCCCCUGCUCUCAUCUCCCAGCGUGUAGCUGCAAGUGCCGUGUGUUUACAAACGCAGCAUUGCAAGAUCCCUUGAACUGUGUCCUAGUACAAAAGAGGCUUUGAAACAAGAA